UCUAACAUUUAAACUGCCUUGGGGAUACUGAUCUUUUAACCUCAUGUUUGUGAAAAUUCAAACCUACCAAUAAAUUUCAUGUAAGGAAGAAAUACAACUCCAUUCACCUUUUGUUUUAGAUAAAAGUUUUUACCGUCUAUUAGCAACACAUAAACUUAAAGCUCAGACAAUUGAUUACCGCAAUUCCAAUUGAAAUAAAGGAGGCAAAACUAGAGACAACAUCAGUAGCAAGGGUUGCAAUGAUGACCCUUAGAAAGAACAUUUUUCUGGUCAUUGUGGGCACUUUUCUGCAGAUUCAGCGCUGUGAAAGUGUAAAAUACUGCCAAAAAGCCGCCGAUAGUGUGAAAACUGUACAAUCCUGCCCGACUUCUAAAACAGAAUGGGACGAUGCGGCCCGUAGAAAGAACUGUAGCAGAAUAGCAUCCACUCAAAGGUGUUCAGCUGUUGACCAAUUUGUAUACCACUGUGUAAUUAACGGUUACAGGAAUGCAACGUUGGAAGUAUGCGCGCCUACAAGAAUAAUAUUUGGACAUUGUGUAGAAUUCAAUGUUGCCGGUGGAGUAAUUCAAGAUCAAUUCUCAGCUCGCUGCAAUGAAAGCUUUCCUAAAUGUGAUAGUCAUUAUCUGUCAUCGACAGCAUAUAAAUAUCCUGAUUGUUACAGACUGGUCCAAGGAAAGGAUAUAUACCAAUCAACAACAUUAAGGAUCACAACAAAUGAUACAUCUGCCACCAUCGAUUUAAGGAAAACAGAACUGUUUCCUCUCUAUGUUUUGAUAAUUAUUGUUAUUAUCAUUGUGGUAUCCUUUGUUGGAUUAUAUAUACGAAGGCGAAGGCAAACCGAAACUUCAAACAACACAGGAGAGAAAACUAAAUUAUUGUCUCGAAACAAUGAUAUCAAAGAAGGUUAA